AUGCUCCCCAGCGCCGUGGCGGCCCACGCCGGCGCGUACUGGGACGUGGUAGCGUCCUCCGCGCUCCUCAACUUCCCCACAGCGCCGGGCUUUGGCAACUUGGGCAAGAGUUUCCUGAUCGAGAACUUGCUGCGGGCUGGGGGCGCCCCGCCGCACGGGCUGCAGCCACCCGCGCACCACGGCUCGGCGUCGGCUCUAGUCGCCACGGCCGCCGGCGCGCAGGUCCGGCCCCUGCCGGCCAGCCCCGUUCCCCUCAAGCUGUGCCCUGCGGCGGAACAAGUCAGCCCCGGCGGCGCGCCAUACGGCACGCGUUGGGCUUUUCAAGUGCUCAGCCCCUCGGCGGACGGCGCCAGGCUGCCCGGCCGGGCUCCGGCGGACCGGGACUGUACCUUCCAGCCUUCAGCCCCAGCAUCUUCCAAACCUUUUUUCCUGACUGCCCCUCCAUUCUACUCGGCAUGCUGUGGUGGGUCCUGUCGGCGCCCUGCAUCCCCCACUGCUUUUGCAAGAGAAGAGAGUGUGCUGCCUCUCUUGACGCAGGACUCUAACUCCAAAGCUCGGAGGGGUAUUUUAAGAAGAGCUGUUUUUUCUGAGGAUCAGAGAAAGGCUCUGGAGAAAAUGUUUCAGAAGCAGAAAUAUAUCAGCAAAACAGACCGAAAGAAACUUGCCCUCAGCUUGGGACUAAAGGAAUCACAGGUGAAAAUUUGGUUUCAGAACAGAAGAAUGAAGUGGCGGAAUUCCAAAGAGAAGGAAGUGCUUUCCAACAGGUGUGUCCAGGAAGUAGGCCUUCAAGAGGAUCCCCUCUCAAGGUCUGCUCUGGGACUCCCUUCUCCGUGUCCCUCACUCUGGGAAGUCUCCCAGCAGCACUCGAGUCCAAGAUGGAGGGAGAAUUCGCCAGAACCUUCAGAAAGACUCAUCCAACAGAGUUCAGGGGCAGCGGUCCCAGAAGCAAAGUCACAGCAGGGUGCCUUGUAUUUGUGUUCGGAAGAUGCUGGAGACAAGGGUGUACUUACUGGGGCAGUCUGAAUGGAAGCCUUCCUCUACGUUAAUUUAAAAAGAUGCUUAACUAAUAACAUUUGGACUCUAAAACCAGCUAGCUUGUGCCUCAUCAGUGCCUAAAAAGUAAUACCUUUGGAGUGAUGCAUGAACUAAUGCUUUAGGAAACCCUCUCAAUUGCUCUCUUGUUUGGCUCCCAGACUCAGGCUUAAUUUGUAAGUGGAGUAGAAUCUCCCAGAAAGUACGAAGGAACUGAAAAGAAUGAGAGUUAUAGUUGGCUCAGUCCCUGCUCUGAGUAUGUGUGUAUAUAUGUGUGUGUCUCUACGUGUGUGUAUAUAUAUAUAUAAAUACUCAUUGAAAUACAUUAGUAGGAAUUAGUUCCUCUUUAAAUAUUGCACCAAGCAAAUUCAUUUCCUUUUAUAUUAGGAAAAACCAACUAUUGACCGAAUGUUAUUAAUUUUCUGAAAAUAAUGUAAAAUUUGGAUUUUGGUCCAACGUGUUUUUUAAAAGUUCCUAUUUUCUGAUUUCUUUCAGUCUCCAGCUAUAAAUGAACUUAACAACUCAGCUCAGCUACCCUAAUCGAAUGAGCCACUGUUAGAUACAUACCCUGAAAGUCCUUAUUUAAAAGUAAUCCAACAAGAAAACUAGAAGAAUUUCUGAAUGAAACUAUUAGGACCCUUAAUUUUCCAAGUGUCUGGACUUCAUCAGGACAUCAUUGAGGGAGGUACCCGUUUAACUAAUGAUUAUCUUUUGAUCUCUUCUCUGUAAGGAUGGGCCUUAAUCAAGGUUUGCAAAAUGAAAUGCCUUUAAGGGCCUGUCAGUAAAUAACGGGCGUGGCCCACCUAAAAAUAUUUGAGUUUAAUAAUUUUAAAAGUAUUGUGUUGGGCAAAUGAAACAUCUCUGCCAAGCAGUUUGUGACCUCCGGCCAAGACUUAAAGAAGUGUCACAGUUCCUAAAAUGUUCCCAACUGGACUUCAAAACACAAUACUGUUGGAACUGGUAGUGGAUUUCUGUUUGCACUUCUAGUUAUAGACUCAAUUUUCCACUUAGGUGGUAUACACUAUAUAUAUUGGGUUAUUUUUAUGUAUUAACAAGCACCACACAGAUGUUUUGUGUGUUUUGUUGUUCCUGAAAUAGUAGUGAUAUAAAAUUGCAUUUCUGGUAACGAUUUGCUUAAUCUAGAAAUUUUUAUUCCAGGUCCAAGAAAAAAUUAUGUUUCACUUUGAAGGAAAUGAGGCAGAAAAAGGAAAUAAUGUGGUUUUGAACUAGGUUAUUAUUAAUCUGUGGACAAGAAACAUUAUUAGAAGUUCAUGGUGUGGAAUUUUGUUAGACAGCUGCGUAAAGAGAGUGGCUUCUAAUUUGCUUACAUUCCUAGUUAUAGACUUUGAGGCUUUAGCGUUUAAAGAAGGUAAUAUCUCAGAAGACAACAGUUUUAGUCAGCAUCAGGUAAUGAUUUUGUCUGAACAUGAUUUGAAUUGGGGUAUGCUAGCCUGUGUCUUGAUCACGAGAUGUUUUACUUAAAAGUCCUCUCGGAAAAAGCUUGUCUCAGUGUCUGUGGGAAAGAGGAGCAGGGAUCUGCUGACAACAAUUUAAAAUUUAAAACCUGUCUUAAAAUGAUUUAUAGUAUUGGGUUUUUUUUUCUUGGUAGAAUGUUAACCUCACCUACAUUUAUUGGGUCUUUUCUAUGCACGAGAGACUGUGCUAAGCCUUUAGGGUGAGUUAAAUCAUGGCAGUCCUCAUGACAGUAGCCCUAGGAGGUAGGCACUGUUACUGUCAGGGUUCUGUUACCCAGACGAGGGCGAAAGGCCCUUGUCAGGGUGGUGGCCCAAGGUCAUGAGGUUAAUAAAUGGGAUUUGGACCCUGGCCAUCAAGUUUCAAAUCUUGAAAUCAUACCAACCAUAUGGGGGUGCAUACCGCUGUAGAAUGUAUUCACCAGCUAUGGGAUGCAUUGUAAGACAUACGUUUUGGGGAUUGCGGUAAGAUUUAUUAAAGAAAUUCAGAAGCAUA